CCCCCCCCCCCCCCCCCCCCCCCCCCCCCCCCCCCUCCGCCGCUGCCCUCACUGCCCCGGCCGCUCUCGGAGUACAUCACGGAGGAGGAGGUGGAGGGCGAGUGCCUGGACCUCUGCCUGCAGCAGCUCUACAAGUAUAAUUGCCCUUCCUUCCUGGCCUCUGCUCUAGCCAGAGCAACCUCAGAUGAAGUCCUGCAGAGCGACCUCUCGGCGCAUUUCCUGCCCAAGCACGUGGACAGCACCGACGGCAUCAUCCAGAUAGAGACAGUGAAGUUGGCCCGUUUAGUUUACAGCAAACUGCACGAGAUCUGCAGCAGCUGGGUGAAAGAUUUCCCCCUGCAGCCCAAGCCCCACCGCUACUACGAGACCUCCAUCCACGCCAUCAAGAACAUGCGCAGGAAGAUGGAGGACAAGCACGUCUGCAUCCCCGACUUCAACGUGCUCUUCAACCUGGAGGACCAAGAAGAACAAGCUUAUUUUGCAGUGUUUGAUGGCCACGGAGGAGUGGAUGCUGCCAUCUAUGCCUCCAUCCACCUGCACGUGAACAUGGUGCACCAGGAGAUGUUCCAGCAGGACCCGGCCGAGGCGCUGUGCCGCGCCUUCCGCGUCACCGACGAGCGCUUCGUGCAGAAGGCAGCCAGGGAGAGUCUGCGCUGUGGAACCACCGGGGUGGUGACUUUCAUCCGAGGGAAUAUGCUGCAUGUGGCUUGGCUGGGGGACUCCCAGGUGAUGCUUGUGAGGAGAGGCCAAGCUGUGGAACUGAUGAAACCCCACAAACCAGAUCGAGAGGAUGAGAAGAAGCGAAUCGAGGCCCUGGGCGGCUGCGUGGUCUGGUUUGGAGCCUGGAGGGUGAACGGGAGCCUCUCUGUCUCCAGAGCUAUUGGGGAUGCUGAGCACAAGCCAUACAUCUGUGGGGACGCAGACUCUGCCUCCACGGUGCUGGAUGGCUCUGAAGACUACCUCAUUCUGGCCUGUGAUGGCUUCUACGACACAGUCAACCCCGAUGAGGCAGUCAAAGUGGUGGCUGACCAUCUGAAGGAGAACAAUGGUGACAGCAGCAUGGUAGCACAUAAAUUGGUGGCAUCUGCUCGGGACGCGGGCUCCAGCGACAACAUCACGGUCAUUGUGGUGUUUCUCAGGGACAUGAACGCGGCCGUCGCGGCCAGCGAGGAGUCGGACUGGACAGAGAACUCUUUCCAAGGGGGCCAAGAAGACAACGGGGAAGACAAGGAGAACCAUGGAGACUGCAAACGGCCCUGGCCCCAGCACCAGUGCUCAGCUCCUGCGGAUUUAGGCUAUGAAGGACGAGUGGACUCCUUCACCGACAGAACUAGCUUAAGCAUAGGCUCCAGCGCUAAUCCCUUGGAUGAUCAAGGCUAUUUAGACCUGACAAAAACAGAAACUAGUACACCUCAGAGUGCCAAAUGUCUGCCACCAGUCCAAGCGUUUAGUCCUGGCAUACCAAAGAGUGCGGGUUCGAUCGGCGGCUCCCGGGUGAAGAGCGAGUCCUCGGGCUCCGGGCGGAGCGAUCGCGCGGAGGACGCGGCCCCCCUGAGCCCGGGGGGCAUCUACAGGGUCAGGGGUUUAUCCCCCGUCUUCUCCAGGCUGGAAGAUGAACUGUUCAGAUCCUUGGGAAAACGAGCUGCGUUCCCUCAUUUCCGGCUCUGCAGUGGGAAGAGGCGGCGAGCAGCCAGGCUCAAACCAAAGUUUCACACGCCGCUCUGGGCUCAGGAGCCUCCCCAGGGAGAGGGAUCCGGGCCGGCGCUCCCUGCCCGGGGCCGCAGGAGCAGGAGGGCGCUGGCCCGACCCUGCCCGUGGCAGAGGCUGCCCAGCCACGGCUCUGACAGCGAGUGUUUGAUGCGGAGACAAAGUCAUUGUAUACCAGAGCCACACCUUCAUCAAUGCUGUAAAAUGUAACCACCCCCUCGUGUUUCCCUGUCAGACUCCCAAAGUAGACAUUCCCAAAAUAAAACGGGCAUCAUCACAAAGCGAAAAAAAAAAAAAAA